GAAUGCAAGUGAGCCAGAUGUUCAAAAAGGAUCAAUAAAUAAAGAAGGGCCUCAACAAUUUCAGAAUUAUAAGCAAUAUGCAAACAAUGAUGCUUCCCUACCUUCCUCUUAGGGUUAUUCUGAGGAGCUGAUGAGAUUAUGCGCACGAAAACAAAAGUUAAUUUACUAUUUUCAUUCAGCUCCCACAUUGGAUAUAGGAACUGAACAGAGACAGUGAUUCCUUUAGCAGGAAGCUGUUACUGGGGCAGUUCCCCUGAAGCCGUGCCCUGGCUUCAGAGUCUGCCAGUAAGAUGACAUCAGAGUCCUUAUGCAGGAGGGUGGCAGGCUCCCCCUCACUCCUGGAGACAUCACUUGAUGGCAUAGCCAGAGCCAGAGCAGUCUUUUCCCAUGGACCCGCUGCAAGCAGCCCACUCCGGCCCUCGAAAGAAGAGACCCAGACAGACGGGCACCUUGAUGGUCUCAAGUCCUCAUGAUGUCCGAUUUGGAGAUUUGGUCCUCUUCAUUUUGGAGAAGAAAAUGGGAACCACUCGCAGAGCGUUCCUCAUGGAGCUGGCCCGCAGAAAAGGUUUCAGGGUUGAAAACGAGCUCAGUGAUUCUGUCACCCAUAUAGUGGCAGAGAACAACUCGGGUAAUGAUGUUCUGGAGUGGCUGCAGGUACAAAACAUCCAAGCCAGCUCCCGAUUAGAACUUCUGGACGUCUCCUGGCUGAUAGAGUGUAUGGGAGCGGGGAAACCAGUGGAGAUGACAGGAAAGCACCAGCUGCUUGUGAGAAGAGACUAUCCAGCUAGCCCCAAACCAGGUCCCCAGAAGACCCCAUCCCUUGCUGUGCAGAAGAUCUCUGAGUAUGCAUGUCAGAGGAGAACCACUUUAAACAACUGCAACUGCAUAUUCACGAAUGCCUUUGAGAUACUGGCUGAAAAUUGUGAGUUUAGAGAGAACGAAAGUUCUUAUGUGACAUAUAUGAGAGCAGCCUCUGUACUGAAAUCUCUGCCCUUCACCAUCAUCAGUAUGAAAGACACAGAGGGCAUUCCAUGCCUGGGAGAAAAAGUGAAGUGUAUUAUAGAGGAAAUUAUUGAAGAUGGAGAAAGUUCUGAAGUUAAUGCUGUGUUAAAUGAUGAACGAUAUCAAUCCUUCAAACUCUUCACUUCUGUUUUUGGAGUAGGGUUGAAGACAUCUGAGAAGUGGUUUCGGAUGGGGUUCAGAUCUCUGAAUAAAAUAAAAUCAGACAAAAGCCUGAAAUUUACACGAAUGCAGAAAGCAGGAUUCCUGUAUUAUGAAGACCUUGUCAGCUGUGUGACCAGGGCAGAAGCAGAGGCAGUCAGCAUGCUGGUGAAAGAGGCUGUCUGGGCAUUUCUGCCAGGGGCCUUCAUCUCCAUGACGGGCGGGUUCCGAAGGGGUAAGGAGAUUGGGCAUGAUGUAGAUUUUUUAAUUACCAGCCCUGAAGUAACAGAAGAUGAAAAGCAACAACUUUUACAUAAAGUGAUAAGCUUAUGGGAAAAGAAGGGACUGCUUUUAUACAGUGACCUCGUGGAGUCCACAUUUGAAAAGCUCAAGUUGCCUAGCAGGAAGGUGGAUGCUUUAGAUCAUUUUCAAAAAUGCUUUCUGAUUUUAAAAUUGCACCAUCAGAGAGUGGAUAGUGACAAGUCCCCCCAGCAAGGGGGAAAGACCUGGAAAGCCAUCCGUGUGGACUUAGUGGUGUGCCCCUAUGAGCGCCGUGCCUUCGCCCUGCUGGGGUGGACUGGCUCCCGGCAGUUUGAGAGAGACCUCCGGCGCUAUGCCACACAUGAACGGAAAAUGAUGUUGGAUAACCAUGCUUUAUACGACAAGACCAAGAGGAUAUUUCUCAAAGCAGAAAGUGAAGAAGAAAUUUUUGCACAUCUGGGAUUGGAUUACAUUGAACCAUGGGAAAGAAAUGCCUAAGAAGAAGUUGUUGACAUAUUUCUGCUCUUUUCAGGUCAAAUAAAUUAUGCUUCAUAUUAAUAAAAGAUGCUUUAGGAAAGUUUGGGAUUCUUUAGGUCUUGCUGGAAUGCAGAUUACUACUAAAAGCAUUAGCUUUGGAGACAUGAUAAAGCACCACAUAGAAAUAAAUUGUGCUCUAACAAGCAUGACUGAUGCACGACUGCCGCUUAGAAUUCACGAUGAAUUUUUCGGUACAGAAGUUUUAUUGCUGGUGGCUUAACCAGGGAAGUAAAUCAAAGCCCACUUCAUUCUCUUUGUAGCGGAAGUUCAAUAUAUAUCCAAUAAAAAUAAAA